CAAAUUGGCGACCACAGUGGGAGAAAAUUGCUGAUCCAUAUGGCAAAUUUUCAAUUCCACAGUACAGCCGUUGGCUUUAUCACGGCAGAAGAAGCUUCCCAACUACGGGCCGAAUUGACAGCAGGUUUUCGGCAAAUGUACGACCAGCAGAUAGCAAAUCUGCAGGCAAUACAUGACGCAAUGCAAAACUUGAUGGAGCAAUCAAAAUUCAUGUUGAAUUCGGUUCCUGCACCGCCAGAAAUGUCAUGCCCCCAAACGGACAACGCCAUUCCUGAGCAUAUACCCAGUCAGACAGACUGGAGACAGGACCAAACAGGAGGACAGGCCCGACCAGGGACGACCGAAUGGACGGAGACAGGUCGGCAGGAUCACGACGCCUGGACAGACCAUGGUCGGGAAGACCACACCGACUGGACGGACCAUGGUCGGGAGGACCACACCGAAUGGACGGACCGUAGUCGGGACAACCACACCGACUGGAUGGACAAAGGUCGGGAGGACCACGCCGACUGGACGGACAAAAAUCGGGAGGACUACGUAACCUGGACGGAUACAGGUCAGGAGGACCCCGCCGAAUGGACGGAUACAGGUCAGGUCGCCGACCAUAACUUUUCAGGCGAGCAAAAGAAUGACAGAACAACAGUGGCCGAAAGGAGGAAUAAGUCGGACGGGAGUCUGAAUACAAUGGUAGUGCAAGAUCGACCAACGUCCAGGCCAGCACCAGAAAGGCUUCCCGCUUCUCAGUCCGGUCUCCGAUUUUUCCGUUUUCCUGUCAACAUUCACAAGGGUCGUCGUCCUUUUCCAUUUUCCUCAUAUUUAUGGACUGAAUCCGUCCUAGCACUUUUCCUCACUCGUGAUUUCGUCUUCGUGCGCGCUCACAACGUCCGCUACAACCCAAGGAGAGAAUCCAUUUCCGGUUCUGCUUUCUCUUGGUACAUCGUUUUCUGGAACGAGUUCGUCGCUGUUAGUGUCUUGUGUAUGAUUAGUCCGUGCAGUUUUGUUGGAAACUGGUGA